UCGUCCCUUUGUUGACAAUUCCCUGAACCAACUUGAGUUUGGCCGGCUCGGCCGCGGCCCUGACGUCACGCACGGUCACGUGGCCCCGCCUCCCGCUGGAUCUUUAAGUAGAAAGUAAUCUAUCAGGCCAGUCCUUAAAACGGGACUUUCGACUACCGGGGCUUCGGCGUCCCUGACACCCAGCCCCCUGCCCCCCCGCUACUGUUCCUGCCCGCGCCCUCCCGAGCUGCUCGGCGCCUGGCGUCCCGCGCCCGCCUGGACCGCUCCUGCGCCCCACGCCAGGGCCAGAGGCCGAGGAAGGCGGGUUAAGUGAGGGGGCGCGGCGUGGAGAACCGCCGGGGCCGGGAGCGGUAGCGAGCGCCAGGGACGGCAGGAGUUCGCGGAGCGCGGCCGCUGGGGGCGGACGGCAGAGCCCGCGCCACGCGAUGCGGGGCCGCCGAGUGUGAGCUGAGCCCAGCGGGCCCCAAGCCACCUGCGGCCCCCUCCCCUCUCCCUGCCCCCCAUCUUUCGGGGGCACUCAAACCCUCUUCCCCUGAGCUCCGUGGCAGCCCCCGACCACCCUCAUCGCCCGCUGCCCCCUCCCCGCCGCCGCUACCAACCCCGAGGAGGGAUGACCCUCUCCGGCGGCGGCAGCGCCAGCGACAUGUCCGGCCAGACGGUGCUGACGGCCGAGGACGUGGACAUCGAUGUGGUGGGCGAGGGCGACGACGGGCUGGAAGAGAAGGACAGCGACGCGGGUUGCGAUAGCCCCGCGGGGCCGCCGGAGCUGCGCCUGGACGAGGCGGACGAGGUGCCCCCGGCGGCACCCCAUCACGGACAGCCUCAGCCGCCGCACCAGCAGCCCCUGACAUUGCCCAAGGAGGCGGCCGGAGCCGGGGCCGGACUGGGGGGCGACGUGGGCGCGCCGGAGGCGGACGGCUGCAAGGGCGGUGUUGGCGGCGAGGAGGGCGGCGCGAGCGGCGGCGGACCUGGCGCGGGCAGCGGUUCGGCGGGAGGCCUGGCCCCGAGCAAGCCCAAGAACAGCCUAGUGAAGCCGCCUUACUCGUACAUCGCGCUCAUCACCAUGGCCAUCCUGCAGAGCCCGCAGAAGAAGCUGACCCUGAGCGGCAUCUGCGAGUUCAUCAGCAACCGCUUCCCCUACUACAGGGAGAAGUUCCCCGCCUGGCAGAACAGCAUCCGCCACAACCUCUCACUCAACGACUGCUUCGUCAAGAUCCCCCGCGAGCCGGGCAACCCGGGCAAGGGCAACUACUGGACCCUGGACCCGCAGUCCGAGGACAUGUUCGACAACGGCAGCUUCCUGCGGCGCCGGAAACGCUUCAAGCGCCACCAGCAGGAGCACCUGCGCGAGCAGACGGCGCUCAUGAUGCAGAGCUUCGGCGCUUACAGCCUGGCGGCGGCGGCCGGCGCCGCGGGACCCUACGGCCGCCCCUACGGCCUGCACCCUGCGGCGGCGGCCGGUGCCUAUUCGCACCCGGCAGCGGCGGCGGCCGCGGCGGCUGCGGCGGCGCUCCAGUACCCGUACGCGCUGCCGCCGGUGGCACCGGUGCUCCCUCCCGCUGUGCCGCUGCUGCCCUCGGGCGAGCUGGGCCGCAAAGCGGCCGCCUUCGGCUCACAGCUCGGCCCGGGCCUGCAGCUGCAGCUCAAUAGCCUGGGCGCCGCCGCGGCCGCUGCGGGCACAGCGGGCGCCGCGGGCACCACCGCGUCGCUCAUCAAGUCCGAGCCAAGCGCGCGGCCGUCGUUCAGCAUCGAGAACAUCAUAGGUGGGGGCCCCGCGGCUCCUGGGGGCUCGGCGGCGGGCGCUGGGGUCGCCGGCGGCACUGGGGGUUCCGGGGGCGGCAGCACGGCGCAGUCGUUUCUGCGGCCACCCGGGACCGUGCAGUCGGCAGCGCUCAUGGCCACCCACCAACCGCUGUCGCUGAGCCGGACGACUGCCACCAUCGCGCCCAUUCUUAGCGUGCCACUCUCCGGACAGUUUCUGCAGCCCGCAGCCUCGGCCGCCGCCGCUGCUGCCGCCGCCGCUCAAGCCAAAUGGCCGGCGCAAUAGGGACGCGCCAAUGGCCGGGACCCAGGGUCCGGCGGCGGCCUCGAGCAACAGCUGCACCUCCAGGCUGCGCGCCCUGUCCCAAGCCCGGUCCGGGUCCCGGUCCCGCUGCCCAAUCCUGGACUCUGCCUCUCCCCCAUUUCCUUUCCCCUGAGCCCCCAACGCCUACCUUCCGCGGCCUCCAUCCCCUCGCGCACACCUAAGCUGGUCGAGCAAACUCACCGCGCGCCCGCCGGGGAUAGCUUUCCAUACAGGUAAAACCGAAAACCGAAUUUUCCAAAAAUGCACCCCGACGGCGCCAGCUCUUAGUACCGUGGGGAUGGGAGGGAAAUUCUUUGUAUAUAUUUGUAAAAAAAUUAUUGACUUUCCUUUUGGGGUUUUUAUUUUUUUAAGAAAAAACAAAUUCCGUAGAUUUAGAGCUCUGAACUUUCAUUUUUUUUGAAGGUUCACUCUCCGAAGUUUUAUCUGAGAAAAGAAUGUAUAGAGACGUUGGGAGAUUUUAAAUAUAAAAAAUUUUCAAAAAGGCAAAAAGUGUCAUUCUAUUAUAAAAGUCUGUUUAUAUAUGAAUGAAUAUAUAUGGUAUUCUAAAUGUUAUUCCAUCGUGUUGUACACAACUUUGUAAAUAAAUUUUUUAAAUGCCCAGCCUAGUGUUUUAUUUAGUUGUCUGAAGUAAAUGGCAAGAUUUUAAAAUGGUAUUUGCCUUUUCUCCUCCCCAGAAAAUCAAGGAAUUUCAAGUAAUGACCUUUUCAAACUUUGUAAAUUCAUAAUUUGAGUGUAAGAAAAUUUUAAUUGGAGAAAGGAAACAGUAUGCCUAAUUUAAAUUGUGUUACUAUUUUUCUUUUAGUUUUCACAUAAAAUCAGGAUGUGAGUGAUAUCAUUCAUAUCAACCCAUUAAAUCUAAAUGACCAGACAUUUCUGUAGAUAAAGUAAGCUGUCAUUUAAAAAAAGAAACCGAAACAACAGCAGUCUUUAAAUUUUUUUUAAAAAUGACUAGACUUGUAUCUUCCACAAUGAAAACUUCCCAAAUGAGAGAGUUCUUGGUCAUUUCAAUUAUCCUUUGAAAAGUAAGUAAAUUCCAAACAUCCCUCUUUUUAACAUUUAAAUCUUAGAUUUUUGAAAUUAUUUCUCUUCAUUCCUUAAGUGGAAGUGGUAAAUAGACCCAGCUGGUUUUAAAAUUUAUGUUAAGGCACUUUACAUUUUGCAGUGGGAUUUUAUUUAUGUUCAUCUGAUAGAUAAUACAUAGUUUUGUUUUCAUAAUAUUUUCAAAUAAGAUAUCUCAUUUAUAUGGCAAUAAUCAAUCCACAACAUAAUUGGAUUUCUGAAGGGGUCCUAUAGAUGCUUCCUCUCCCUCCAACCCGAAGCCUUUCUGAAGGCCAAGGAAUGGUGGCCUUAAUACCCUUUUAAAAACAGCUGAACAUCACCUCUCUCCCCUUUUUUUUCUUUACCUUAGGCUAGGUUAGUGUGAAAUGCGACAUCAUAGGGUAGGAAUGGGGAAGGUCCUUGUAGAUUAUUUUUAAUUUGCAUUUCAGCUGUUAAAAACCUUUUAAAAGAAAGUAUGAAGGUAGAAAUGAAACAUCUUGAUGUGGAAGGCUGGUUCUCACCACCAUCAGCAUAUCCUCAAAAGGCAUCAAUUCUAAUUAUUUUGUAAUUAAUUUAGCUGUUACAAUUACUUGUGCGAAAUCGCUUUUAAAAACGGGAGCGAGUAGCAGUGCUGUCGGCUCGGCCCUGCGCGCGUCCUUUUGGUUAAACCCGGCCAGUCCCCGGUGUUGUCGUCCACUUUGCCUCCCUGGUGGUGGAGAUGCCUCCCCGUCGCGGAUCCCACCUCAUUUCUCCGCUGUCGACGUGGGCUGGGGGUCGCUUUGAAAGACACUUCCUUGCAAAUACACAAUCUGUUUUCCUGGUAAACGGUAAACAUUAUUGUGUCUUGAGUAAACAUUCCUUCGGGAUCAGGGUCCUAAAAUAAAACAAGCUGCCGGGGGUGAGAUAGUUUAACUUGAUAAACAAGAACCUGAUAACCACCGCCGAGAGAGGAGCAAUGGUAACCUUCACCGAGAGGAGAUUAUGGACCACACGGUCUCCGGGCGGGUCCCUUCUAAUCUCCUUUUACAAGGAAAACUAAACGGAUCUAAUUUUGUUUGUGUGUUGCAGCUAUAAAAGUAACAAGUUGUUUCACAGUUGUGUCUGGCUAAUCGGUUUUUACACAAACAGCAAAUGGUACAUGAUUUGUGCAAACACAUAGAGAGGUUAUUUCUAAAUUUAGCUGACAGCCCCUGGGAAAAGGGAAAGGCAGGGCUUCUUGAAUUCACUUUUAGCCUCAAGAAGCUGCUGAUCCAAGGCUUCUAAAUGACAUUGGAUAACAGGGGCCUCAUUCCAUCCCUGAUCCUUUGUUACUUAUAAAAUUACUCGCUCAUAUUUCCGCGCAUAGCAGCAAUACCGGCCGAGCCUGCGCCAGCAGCGUGACACUCAGCCACAAGCCACCGCCAGAGACUCGCAGGGCUUUUUCCAGCGCUACAUUCAUUAGGCGGCGGGGUGAACGGGAGAGACCUGCCGGCAACUUUCCUUCCAGCCAGUUCUUACCCUUGAACGACGGCCUAAAGAUGGUCCCCUUCCUUUAUGUCGUGGAAGGCAGGAAACUCUCGGACCCAGACCCUCAAGCUGCCAGCGGUUGUUUAAAGUCCUGGCAGAUGUCAGGAAGAUGGGCCCGGCCGUCGCACCCUCAAAAGCUCUUUUUCGUUUAAGCUUUUUAAACCUCGAAGAUUUAGCACAAAAGGGGAAAUGCAAAUAUCAUAGACAAUGAUCGCAAGCACUUAGUGGUGGGGCUGGGGGAAGCCUGAAACCCUUGUUUGAUGUUAUGGAACGCAGGCACCUGCGACA